AUGUCCACCGCCCUCCUCGCCACCCCAUCCCCCUCCAUCAAACGCCCCUCCCCCGCCACCUCAUCACAGACUCUCAAACGACCUAGGCAUGCUUCGGUCAGCUUUACCGACAUGGGCAAUGAUAGCGGGACGAGUGAUAACGAAGGGGGUGACGAUGAGCGUGCCAAGAUUGCCCGCAAAGAGGCGAGGGUGAUACGCAAUCGACAAUCGGCUCAAAGGUCGAGGAAUGCUCGUAAACUGCAUCUGCAACACCUAGAGAAGCGUGUCGUCGAGCUGGAAGCCGAGAACCAGGCUCUCAAGAGCAACCCCAAGGCCUCUCCAACACCACUGGUCUCCCAUUCGACCCUUCCAUCAGCGUCACCUGCCACGUCAUCCGAUCUCGAUAUGUUUUCUUUCGCGCACGACUUGGGUUUGCCGUCUCAGCUAGUUGGCGGGGGCGUCAACCUAACGUCUGUUGCUCCUCCCCCCGCAGAUGUCAAGGAUUCGUUUGAGCCAUCGCCGUUGUCUCUCAGCCCUACAAUGGCGUCUACCAGCGAGCAAGUGGAUUCGCUUCAGGCCGAGAAUGCGGCAUUGAAGCAAAGAGUCACGCUGCUAGAGAAUUUGGUCAAGCAGGUCGUCGCUGUCGCCAACCUUAGUGGACAAAGUCAGCCCCCGGCAAACCUGUCGUCCCAGGCGCCCAUCGACUGGCUCUCCGUCUUUACCUCUCCGUCCGCCGCGACGACUUCCGGCCUGUCCUCUACACUCUCUCCCGGCCUCCCUCCCACCGUCUCAUCUUUCCCCACUUCUCAUACCAACCUCGCGUCUCGUCAAGAAUCAUUGAACCCCAGCGCUUGCCACUCGGCAGUAGUGGUGACCUCACCAGCCGCUCUCUCACGAGGGAAGCUCGGUGCGGCCCUGCAGCGGGCGAGGGGGGCUACUUCAAUGCGUUCUUUGGCGGUGGCGUUGGCGAGGGACGAGAGGCGAUUGAGGCAGGUGGCGAGGGUGAUUGUGGCGCUGGCAAAGCAGCGGGGCUGGAUAUCACCGUACCCACGUCCGAGUAUGGUAGUGAGCAGCUGGAAGAGUUCUCUGGGGGCGAGGGCGCGUGGGCGCACUGGGAUGAGGCGAUGA